CUGUAGGGGCUGCGGGACCAGAGUGUUCCCAGGACGUGUCCCCGGCCGGUGCCCGAGCUGCAGCCCGGAGCAGGAGCAUGUUUGGCGGUGUGAGGGGAGCGGGGAGAGCGCUGUGUGUGUGCGGCUGAAGGGGCUGAAGCGGCGGCGGCAGCAUGCCCAGCAGCUCCGCAGAGAGAGUUAGAGCCGGAGCCUACCUCCCCGUGUCCGUCGCUGCGGGGCUACUGGCCGGAUCCUCCACCCUCUUCUUCGCCUUCACGUGUCCUUGGCUGGCUGAGCACGUGUCUCUCGCAUUCCCACCAUGCGUCGCCGUCACCUUCCUCUUUGUCAUGGCCAAUUUCACCAUGGCAACUUUCAUGGAUGCUGGUGUGCUUCCAAGGGCUAACGAGGACGAAGACAAGGAUGACGACUUCCGCGCUCCUCUCUAUAAGAACGUGGAGGUCCGGGGGAUCCAGGUCCGGAUGAAGUGGUGCGCCUCCUGCCACUUCUACAGGCCUCCUCGCUGCUCCCACUGCAGCGUGUGCGACCACUGUGUGGAGGACUUCGACCAUCACUGCCCAUGGGUCAACAACUGCAUCGGGAGACGGAACUACCGAUUCUUCUUCCUCUUCCUGCUGACUCUGACUGUGCACAUGGUUGCCGUGUUCUCUGGAGGACUGCUGUACGUGCUGGAGCACCUGGAGGACCUGUGGGCUCUGCGGGCUGCGGUCACUCUGGCUGUCAUGAGCGUCACCGGCCUUUUCUUCAUCCCUGUUGUUGGUCUGGCUUGCUUCCAUCUGGUGCUGGUGGCGAGAGGAAGAACCACAAACGAACAGGUGACUGGAAAGUUCCAAGGUGGCGUGAACCCCUUCACACGUGGUUGUUGCAGCAAUGUGGAGUUUGUCCUGUGCAGUCCCAUCACUCCCAGAUACACCGGGAAGCCUGGAAAAAGACCACCUGUCCGUGUACAGCCUCCAUUCCAAAAACCCGAGUCGCUCAAGAGGUCCCCUGGAAAGGUCGGUGACAAUGGGAUCCAAAACAAAUCACCGCCAUCAAAACAGCAGUCCCCGCGAGUGCUGAGCGUCCCUGAAUUCAAGCGGCCGAGCACUCCACCCCCUCUGCCCCCCAAACCUGACCCGGUUCUGCUCAAGAGCCACCUUGCAGCACUGGAAGAGAGCUUAUUGCACUCGCAGUCUGUGGGGCCUCCUGGCCAAAACCUGAGCAAAAUGGGUCAGAUUUUGGAGUCACCUUCCAGAGUGCAUUACCAGGUUCCCAGGGAACAGAUGAGGAAGAGGGAGAACAUCCAUUUCCCGAUGACCUGCAGAUCCCAGGACCAGUCGUCUGAGUCUAGUCUGGAUCAGAUUGAUAAGCAGACUCCCAUCUCUGUGCACUCGCUCCUGCAGUCCAGCACCCUGCCCCUCAACUCCCUCACCCUCAACUCCCGCUCGCUCAGCCUGAAGCACGCCCACCGCCGAGGGGACCGAGCCCACGUGCUCGGCCAGCGGCCUGAACCCCUGGCCUCCCGCCCGUCCCAGAGCGUCCUGAGCGGGCGGUCCGGCAGCCUCUCGUAUGACAGCCUCCUCAGCCCGGCGGAGCUGGCCCAGCGCGGGGCGUACCCCCUGUCUUACCGCGCUCCCUUCCUGCCUAUGGACAUGGGUGGCAGGGGUCCUGUGGAUCCCCAGCGUCCGGCCCCUCGCACCUGCAGCCCUGUUUUUAUGGCGGCGAGCCGGCGGUCUCCCCAGCACCGCGAGGCAUCACCCGUGCACUACGACAACCUCCCUAAAGGCCUCAUGGGCUCCAUCCAGGAGAUGGAGGAGCGGGAGAAACAGCAGCAGCAACAUCAGCAACUGCUGCUGCAACCUCAGCUUCGCCCGCAGAUGCCCACCCAGGACCCUCUGGGCGUCUACGACACGCCUGGCAGAAGGAGCCUCCCGCACGAGUCGUCCUCCCGCGGCCCCACGCCACCCGCCUACGGUUCCCGGGAGUUCCUCAUGAGCAGCGCGGCCUACGGCUACAGCAGCCGGACUCAGCCGGCCUGCUCCUCCACCUCCUCGCUGAGCCGCGCCCCCAGGACUUCCACCUCGCCCCUGGGCUCUAACGUGGCCCUCCAGGGCCGCUCGCUCUCCCCCUCCAUCUACCGCUCCCUGGAGCGCCAGGCUCAGCGCUCGCCCUCCACCCUGCCCGGCCCACUGCCCACCUCCUCCUACACCACCCACAAAGCACUGGCCUUCAGCACUACCUCAGAGCAGCAGGACUCGGACCCAAAAUACCCUGUGAAUGAGUCCUGAUUCAUUCAUUACGUGUGCUUGUGUGCUGUAACGGACAUCAGGGCUUCAGAGGUCUUUUCAUGUGAUUUUUUUUUAAUUGUUCUCAUUUUUCACAAGAGAUUUAUUAUUAAUAAUAAUUAUAAUAAUAAUGAUGAUAAUAAUAAUUAUACAGCCAUUAUUACAAUUAUAUUAUUUCUUUUUUUUAUUAUAAUUAUAUUAUUUCACAUAAGAGAGACUGAUAAGCUUUAUAUUGUGGCAGGCAGACAGACAGACAGACAGGCAGGCAUAUGACUGUUGCUUGACAAGUCGUUUUAUUCUCUUCUAAAAGGAAUGAAAUUCCAUUUCAUAAAUGCUGUUUCAAGUUGAGUCUUGAAUUAAAUUUUAAUCAUUAAUUUAAUUAUAUAAAUACUGUAUGUAUGUUGUUGUACACCUCCAUUUUUUGACAAUUUUUUUAUUUACAUAUAAAAAAAUAAGUACACUCUUAGAAAUAAAUGAGCCAAGUGGAAACAAAAGCUAUUUUAUAACAUGUAAACAUUGCAUUUACUCACACAUGGCUUAGAUUUUAUUAAUGCUUACUGGUUCUAUUGCGUUUAUAAACCAUUUCUUUACUAACAGAGACAGAGAAAGUGGAGGAGAAUGCAUAUACCUGAAGAUCAGACAUCAUUUGAUCUUACCUCAUGUUGUGCAUGAUCAGAGGAGCAGGAGAUUUUCUCUUUUAAUCUGAUAUAAACGGGAUGUUCGAGUGUGAAAAUCCUUUUAAACACAACUACAAAAAAUUUCAACAUUUAAUGUCCUAUAACAUAAAGUCAGUCCAAGAACCCUUAAGCAUCCUUUAUUUUUAAGAAUGUACAGUAUAAUGUAUAUUAAUGGAUCGUUUUGUAAUUUUCGAUACUUUUCUGUGUUUUUGUAACUCGUUUAGCUAAUAAAGGAUUAUUGAUUUA